CUUUCAAAAUAUUUCUAGAUGCUUUCGACAGGUGGCAGAUUUAUCGCAGGUGUUUCUUUUCGUUGCUUCUUCUGUCGGCUAGCGCGAAAAUUUCUGCUUGACUGGACACUCUAUUGUGCUGCUCCGCAAUGACAGGUAGGAGCCUGACACAAGAUGAAGCUGUCGAUCUCCUCUUCAGCCUGCCAGAUGACACGUGUGCUAGCGAAGCAGAAGCGGACACCUCGAGCGAUGACGACUUUGAUCCUGACUUAGCGCCAGUCGAAGCUGAGGAGCUUGAAUAUUUAGAGAUGUCUACGGAACCUUCUACCAGCACAAAAAAGAAACGUAAGAGAUCCUCGUAUCAGCGAAAGACACCAAAAAAGAAGCGUUCCAAGCGCCUGGAAAACGACGAUAAUCUCCACAUGGAAGAGGAGAGCGAGGAUCCUGGUCAAGAGUGGAGCCGAAAUCUUCCAACAGACUUCGUAGAAAAUCCAAAGACGUGGGGCCCGGAGUAUUCCAAAGAAGAGCUGACGACCGCCAGACAAGCGUUUCAACUGUACUUCACGGACGACAUUCUGGAUAUAAUCGUCGCAGAAACAAACCGCUAUGCUAGUCAAAAAAUGAGAAGAGAGUGGUAUGAAGUCACGAAAGAAGAGCUCAAAGCUUUCUUGGGGAUGCUCUUCUUGAUGAGCGUCAACCCAGCUCAUCACGUCUACCUCUACUGGAGUAGUGACCCUUUCUUCAAUGUCACUGAGAUAUCUCGCGUAAUGACGUUCAAGCGGUUCCAAGCCAUCCUGAACUGUCUGCACAUCAAUGACCGAAACAAAGAAAAAAAGAAGGGAGAGGAGGGUCAUGACAAGAUUGCCAAAGUUCGUCCUCUUGUGUCGGCUCUAAACAAGCAAUUCGCUGAGCACUACCGGCCCUCAACGCACCAAUCUGUGGAUGAGAGUAUGAUCGCAUUCAAGGGAAGAUCUGCUCUCAAACAGUACAUGCCCAUCAAGCCAAUCAAGAGAGGGUACAAGGUGUGGUGUCGUGCAGACUCUGAAACUGGAUAUCUUGUUCAGUUUCAAAUAUAUGAAGGGAAGGAUUCAAGACGACCUCCUGACCUAGGACUUGGUGAACAUGUGGUGCUUGUACUGUCCGAGGGAGUUGAAGAAGGUACGCAGCUGUACUUCGACAACUUCUUUACUACCACAGCCCUCAUGGAGAAGCUCUCGGAGCAAGGCGUGCUCGCAGCUGGCACGCUUCGUACCAACCGCAAAGAUCUUCCGAGUGAGGUGAAGACUGACAACAAGCUGCAAAAAGGAGAUUUCAUCUGGAGCGCAAAGGGCAGAGUGUCUGCUUACCAAUGGAAGGAAAACCGCAAUGUCAACAUGAUGUCCAAUUUCCACAACCCACAGGAGACCUGCGAAGUCAACAGAAGGCUGUCCAGUGGUGCGAAGGUUGGCGUUAGCUGUCCGAAGGUGAUCGCGGACUACAACAAAUGGAUGGGUGGUGUUGACCGAUUUGAUCAGAAACGUAACACCUACGUUGCUGACCGCCGCUCCAAAAAAUGGUGGCAUAGGAUUUUCUAUUACUUACUCGAUGCUGCGGUGGUCAACGCCUUUCUGCAGUACUGCUCCCGAGAUGAGACCACGUAUCUCAAUUUUCGCCUUUCCCUUGGCCGCCAAUUGAUCGACGGAGCAACUUUCAGAUCAAACCAGUCAGGAAACAGCCACAAAGGCAAGAAGAACGGGAAGCCGAGUGGUCGUAAGAUGACUGGUGUCCCCGAAGAGAUCAGGCUUGUCGGCCAGCAACACCACCCCCAACGCUGUGCGAGCAGGAGGCGGUGCAGAUGGUGCUCCAGCAAGACGCGACAGGCCCGCACAUACUACUUGUGUCAAGAAUGCCGUGUGCCAUUGUGCGUAACUUGUUUCGGACCUUUCCACAAGGGGAAAUAAGGUUAUUAGCGCCCUUUAAUUCACUUGACCUUGAGCAAAAAAGAUGGUGGUACGAAUAUGUACCACUUUCAUGAACUAUAUGAAAAGUCAGUGGUACAAAUAUGUACCACUUUUUUUUCAAUAAAUAUGUAACAUUCAAAUGUGAAAAAAAUGUCAUUCGGUUUCUUUUUCGCACUAGAUACAA